AUGGCGAGCCGAAGCAGCAGCGGCAGCAGCAGCGGCGGCACUAGUGCUGCUACGGGCGUGGGACUCGAGUCUGCGGCCGGUGAGGCAACGCGCAACUUCAUCCUCGGCCUCCCAAAGGACGGCCCGGCGCCUGGCAGUAGCGACGCCGCCUCGCUGCAGGCGGCAGAGGCGUUCCUGGGCGAGAUCCAGCAAGAAAUUAUGGCGUACGACAUAGCCAACGCGCAGGCGAUGGAGGCCUACGCGCGCAGCUGGUGGACGAGGGUGCCGUACUUCGGCAAGCGGUGGGCCGCUUCGGCUGACCAGAUGGAGAGCCAGACACAAUGCAGCCACAACGAGCUUGGCGGUGCUGCAACCGGUACUGCAGCUGCUGGUGCUGCUGCUGGUGCCAUGAAGGAACAUGUGCGUCUGGAACGCAUGACCGCAGCGACGGCGGGAAUGACAAGUGGCCAGAAGCAGCAAAAGAUGAACACCUGGAUCUUCAAGCAGCGACACCCUGGGUGGGUGCCGCUCAUUCAGCGCUGGUGGGUUCCCUGCGUCUGCGCCGCCGGCAUCGUUCUCAUCUGGACCCCAGAUGUGUGGAAACUGCGGACGCUGUACUGGUGCGAUCACAGGUACGCACUUUUCCGUCAGUCGGUGCACAAGGCGUACUGGCGUGCAACAAUGAAUGUGGAGGACUACGAGGCGCUAAUGCGAGACAUGGAGCUGGACCGCCCACCGUCGGUGAAGGCGACAAACUGCCCAUUGUAA